AUGGCAGAACACAAUAUCAAAAGAAUUACUGAACAUGUAAAGACAAUUGAACAAAUUAUUAAGGAUGGCUCCAUCAUUGUUCGAAAUCAGCAAGACUUUCUGCAAAUGCAGAUUUCUGUCUUGCAAAAUAUUCACGACAUUCUUGGAGAGAUGAAACUACAACAGCAACGACAAUUUCAACAAUUAGCUACUACCAUCAACACUACAACUAUUCCUCCUCCUCCUGCUCCUGCUCCUGCUUCCAAGAAAUCAAAAUACGCAAAGAGAUAG